UUUUAAAGCAUUAAAUUAUAUGUAAACUACUUAAUCUGCGUGCGAGAUUAUGAAGGUUUUGAGCUUAUUAUUUUUUCUGAUUAUGAAUAUAUUCGAGACUACGAGUGGAAAGAGUGUCUGCGACGGAUUUAUUAAACCUGGAAAUCCUUUCUGCGCGUUUUCUGCCACCUGUAACUUCCAAGGCUUGAGUCUUUUGCACGUUGGACAAGAGCAGUGCAAACUGACCGAACUGGGAAAACCUCUUUUUCUGAAAAUCAAGGCCGGAAGGUGUCCAAGGGGUAAACCCAGAUGCAGGAAAACUAGAUAAGGAAAACAUCUAUAUUAUCCUAUAGAGCAUCUUAUAUCUUAGAUCACAUCCAAUAAAGAUUUGAUACCUAAUGAAACGCCGCCUUUUUUGUGGCCUUGGAAU